AUGUCAACAUCAAUGAAUGAUACUUAUUUACCUAUCACUGGUAUUUGUCUAAUAUCAAGACCUCAUAAUCUACCAACUGGUUAUCAUUGUAUUCGAAAAGUUUUUGAUGAUCCAUCACGUGAUGCUGAUCUAAUGGCUAAUUCUUUACUUGAACGUAAAGAUCGUUUUCUUUGUAUUACGCGUAUAUUUCCAUUACCUGGUAAUAGAACAUUAGUUUUGGAAGAUAUUAAACUUAUUAAUGAACGUGAUGCUCCACCACCUAAUUAUUUUGGAAUACUAGAAACAGUAGAUACAAAAGCUAAAGGUACAGCAAAACGAACAAUAUGUGUUAAACUUGUUGAACGGCAAGCAGGUAUAAAAUGUAUAUGUGAUAUCAUAUUCCUUUAUCGCUCAAAACAACCACCACAUUUUUAUACAUUAAUUGGUGAUAUUAAUGGUUUACAAAUGUGUGUUAAAGAAGGUACUGUACCACCAUUUCGAGUAUCACCAUCUGUGCCAUCAUCAGAAACAUCAUCAAAUCUUUAUCCAAAUCCAAUGAAUGAACAAUCAUAUUAUGGAUCUCAACAACAUUAUCAUACAUCAGAAAAUCUAUAUUCAAAUACAAUUCCGAAAACAAUUGAUGAAAAAUAUAUACUUGAAGGUAUUCCAUUUGUAAUUAAUCCAAAAUAUUUAUCUGAAAAUCGUAAUGGUGUGCGUAUUUCAAGUACAAAAUCUAGCAAUGUUGGACAGCAAAAUCAUAAUCAUCGUUUCUCAGAUAUCGUUGGGGAACCACGGCGAAUGCUUUUACCAAUUCAAGGCUAUGAGAAAAUGCCUCUAGUAUCUCUUGAAGAAGCAAUUGUUCCUCUUGUCUCACUUGUUCCAGAUGUUGAACAAAUGGUUUGGGUUGCGAAACAGAAUUCUAAUGGUCCAACCGAUGGUUUAAGCAGUGAUGAGUCGGCCUCUAUCAUCCUAUAUACAAUGGAAUGGGAACCGUAUGAAAAAUCUUUCUAUGUUAUACUCAAUAGUACCCUACGAGCAACCAUUCGUGAACAGUUAAGACCAUGGUUUUUAUAUCUUCGAUUGGUUAUCAAUGCUCUCGAGAAACUUCCAUCAACUACUCGUACUGUCUAUCGAGGUGUCAAAGCAGAUUUAUCUACUCAGUAUUCUCGAGGAAGCACUAUUGUUUGGUGGGGUUUUUCUUCAUGCACUCUGUCCAUCGAAACACUUAAUAAUGAGCGCUUUUUGGGAAAAACAGGAAUAAGAACUCUUUUCAAUAUUGAAUCUUACUCAGCUAGAAAUAUUCGAUCACAUUCAUUUUAUGCCGAAGAAGAUGAAGCAUUACUUCUUCCAGCUCGUCAUUUUGAAGUUGUUGGUUGUCUUGAUCAGGGAAAUGGCCUUCAUAUUAUUCAAUUAAAAGAAACACAACCGAAGUUCCCCCUUAUCAAACUGAGUUCAUCAUAA